CGACAUGUGAAGGCAAAUCGCACACUUGGAAAAAUGCUCGUGAUUUGGAUAUGUUCAGCUGUAUAUUUGCUCACAGCAGCAGCAGAUGGGGCGGUGAAAAUCACUGGAGGAACGUUGUUGAUGGGGGCAAGUGCAUCUGAUGGGAGAGAAGGAGAGUCCCCAGUCAGAAAAGUCAAAGUCCAGACUUUUGUAAUAGACAAGUAUCCUGUAACUAAUGCAGACUUCAGGGAGUUUGUGAGAGCAAAAAAAUACAAAACAGAGGCAGAGACGAUAGGAUGGAGUUUUGUGUUUGAAGAUUUUGUGCCAGAGGUGACCAGGAGCAAAAUCACAGAAAGGAUAAAGUCAGCGCCCUGGUGGUUGCCUGUAUGGCGUGCAUUCUGGAGACAGCCCGCAGGUCCUGCUUCAGGGAUAAAAGAGCGAAUGGAUUUCCCCGUGGUCCAUGUGAGCUGGACCGAUGCCCAGACCUUCUGUGAGUGGAGAGGGAAGAGACUACCCUCAGAGGAGGAGUGGGAGUUGGCUGCACGAGGGGGGCUGGAAGGUCAAACAUACCCAUGGGGCAAUAAGUUUAAAGCCAAAAGGGCCAACUUAUGGCAGGGAACCUUUCCUGACAAUGACACUGCUGAAGACGGAUUUCAUGGCGCCUCUCCUGUGACUGCUUUUCCCCCUCAAAACAGUUAUGGUUUGUAUGAUAUGUUGGGAAAUACCUGGGAAUGGACCUCAACUCCAUUUCCUGAAUCUCAGAAGAUGUUUGUGCUGAGAGGAGCUUCAUGGAUCGACACUGAAGAUGGAUCAGCCAAUCACAAGGCCAGGAUCACCACCAGGAUGGGAAAUACCCCUGAUUCUGCAUCUGAUAACCUCAGCUUCAGAUGUGCUGCCUCCAUUAACAACAAAAAGGACAAAACUCAUAACAGAUCUGAAUUAUGAAUUAUGUUUACACUAAUAAUAAAAUGAUUUGUCUAGGGUUGGGUAUGCAGUACUGUGAAUGAAGUGACAACUGCAUUGCUCCUUUGGAGACUUUAAAUAUAUUUGUGUUACUUGUAUUUUUAUUUAUUUUCUUUAUAAACUUUUACUGUUGAUUUAAAAUGGCAUUUGUCAAACAUGUUUGCAACAAAAAUAUUUUGCUGCACAGUUUGUUUCAUUACUGUGAAUUUAUUUCUAGUAAACAACCAAAACUUGACUUUUGUAACAUUCCCCAUUCAGUACUUUUAAGAAGUUCAUCUUUUUGAUGUGACAAAAGUCCAGACCAGUUUUGGUCCAGGUCUUUGUUUCCUCUGUUUGCUUUCCCAUGUGUGAUUGAAGGGGCAGAAACACUGGGCCUGAUUUAUAGAAGGUUUCAGGUGACUGUGCAAACACAGAAAGACGUCAUUUAAAAUGCCAAAGGAUCCAAUUUGACAUGAAACAAAUUUUAACUAGAGUAUAAAAUUAAAUGGCCCAUAUUACAUGACAUAUUUGUCAUGUUUCCAUGUCAUGUUUCCAUCAAAAAAAAUGUGACCAUCUGUAGCUUUUGUUUAUUCUACAAGGCCAUUUAACCCCUUUCUUCCAGUAAUAUUCAUUUUAGGGCAUAAAUUACAAAAAUACUGAAAAUGGGAAAAUAUAUGUACAUGAUGAUUUAGUUGUUGGUUUAGGAGGUAACCAAUUUUCUGCAGACAUUAAGGACUCAAAGAUGACGUAAAAUGUGUAAUUAAUGCUAAAGUUUCAAUCUAUAAAUAGCAACAUUUUUACUUUGUCCAGCGUCAUCACUUCCUUUGUCACUGUUGACUUGAACACAUUCAUAAGUUCACACUGGAGUUAUUAAAUUCUUCGGCAAUUGAAACACCGCACCAAUUACAAACUUGCAAAGAUUAUGCAUAUUACCAAUUUAUAAAGAAGGCAUCCAGAAAUAUGUCUGUAAAUGCACAAUAGGUGUACUGCAUAACAGACUUAUUAAUGUAUAUUAGCAUUACAUCAACAUGCUUAUCAUGUCCUACUUGGGCCCAAUCGUUGAGGUAAACCGGUACUUCCUGACAGAUAUUUUCAGCAGAAUGUUGACUCACUUCUAUCUUUAAUGAUCACCAAAAUUAGCCCCUAUGUUUCCUAAAGGUCUGUUUGUUCAUAGAAUUCCCCACAUGAUCAUACAUAGCUGAUGACUAAGUGUGGUAACGUUGCUUUUUUUAUUUUUAUGUACUGACUUUGUGAUUGAAAGUUCCAUAAAUGCUUUUUUGCCAAGAAAUCAGAGACCAGUUUAAAUAUGCUGUUUAUUAACAGGACAACAACUUUCUGAGCACAAUUUUGGGAACAUUCUUAUUAACUAAGGAAGGGAUAUUAUUUGGCAUAAACGCCCUACCUAUUCAAUAUUCUCUAGACGUUUUUGUAUUAUGAAGGGCAGUGAUAAUGCCUAUAUUUUAUUUCAUGUUUUUAUAUAAUGUUUAUCAAUGUUUAUAGAUAGAUAUAUUAGACUGCUGCAGCAGUGCCAUUGUUUUCCAGACAUAGUUCUCCAAAGGGAGAUAAAGCCAUAGGUCUAUUUUGCAGUAACCACAAUAAAUAGGUAACUUGUAUUAUUUUCAUUUUUGUUUCAUUGUUUAUUUUCAUCUUCGUAAUACCAUCUGUUGUUGUGUAUGAGUGUAUCUCUUGUUUGUGCGUCUAGCAGCCUCCAGCCACGUUGAUUAGACUAAACUGGCAUGAUUGUUUUGAUGGUAUAAAUACACACUUUUCAUUUGUCAGCUGAGACGACACUGAUAGGGAGAACAGCUCUUUGAUGAUUGUGCACAGUUGAUUCAAUAAACCAGACUUUUUAAUUC